GACUUAGGAAGGCAUCUGAUUUUUAACAGUAAACUAUUUAAAUAACCGUACAUUUUGAAGUGACUAUGAAGCUGCAUUACUGGCACAAUCAAAACUGAGAAGUGAUUCCUGUAAUAGAUGUAAGGCUUGCUGUGUACCUAAAGUACCUUUUAGGCCACCGUAGUUCUACUUCGGCAGUUCCUGUAAUGGCCGUCAGUCUAAAUAAAACAGGUUCAGUGAGCUAUAUAAAUGUUAUGAAAUGGCAGCGGGUUUUUUAGUCACCUUAUAUGAGUACUCGCCGCUGUUUUACAUCAGUGUGGUUUCUUUAUGUUUUGUUAUAACCGCCGCCAUGGUGCUCGGCUGGUGUGGCUUUGAUGUCCCUGUGAUCCUUCGCAGCUCUGAAGAGACAGAGUCCAUUGUAUCAACCCCUGAGAGACAAAUGGUUCAGGUGACCAAUCCCUUCACCCUGGUGUUAGGCUCUGGGCCAGCAGGUGUCACUGGUGGUGUGUCAGUGAGGCCUUGCUGUCUAGAGCCCUGUGUCCUGAGCUGUUUCUGGGGCUGUGAGGUCACUGCCCUGCAGAGAGCGCUGCAGGCCCAUCAGCACGGCCUGAGGCUUCACACCCCCGAACAUUUCCAGGAAGCAUUACACCUCCAGUACCAAUACUACCAGAGGUUCCAUAUUCGCAAAGAAAACAGAGAAGAACACCAUACACAGAUUCCUGCUGAUCAGGGCAUCACGGAUUUUGGGCCGCUGCCAAGAGAACACUACCCCCUUGUGGCUGUACUGACUGUGGCAGAGGGAGGAGCUAGACACAUGUAUAAUAUUGUAGCAAGUGUGACAGUUAUUCAUGUUCCUGAUGACAAGUACGACCUUUCUACAAGAGUUCUCUUUCAGUACCUUCUCACUUCACAAGGGAACAUGUACGAAUUAAAGCCACUCUUCAUGUCAGCUGAUAGUGGAGGGAUCUCUGGGUCUCCUGAGCCAGAGCAGAAUACCCAACCCAGUGGACCCAACGAGGAGGCCAGCAGUGUGGAGCAGAGUCCAGUACUGGAGGAGAACUGGGCAGAGGGGAUGGGCAGAGACUGUGUAGUCUGUCAGAAUGCAGAGGUCAACAGGGUGCUUCUGCCGUGCAGACACGCCUGUGUGUGUAACAACUGUGCGUCACACUUCCAGCACUGCCCCAUCUGCAGAGCCUUUAUCCUGGAGUCCUUUACCCUGACACAGAUACCAGCACAAGACUAGUGACUCCAUAUUGAACCUGUGACUGUGAUGUCAGUCAGUGUAAGUCUGGCGGCAGCUGACACCAAAUCCUGAUUGUUACAUUAUUUUACAUCAUGCUUCUAUGGAAAGAUAGAAGCUGAAUGCAAGUUUCACUGUAGAGAAGUAGUAUCUUUAAUAGAAAUGGGUUAUGCUGCAGGUGCUGCAGAAAAAUCCACUGUACUGCCUUCAGUAUUCAGAAAAAUACCCCCACCCAAAAAUAGAGAAAUAACAAAAUGGCUCUCUAAAGUCUUCUAUUAGGUUAAGACCUGGGCACUAACUGAGCCACUCAACCUUCCAUUUUUCUCCUCAUUAAUGGUGAGCUGUCCAGGCAUACAGGCAGCAAAGCAGCCUCCAUCAUGAUGUUACCAGCACUGUACUUCAUCUUUGAGAUGAUGUUUUCAUGUUGAGACGAUUUGCCCUUAUCACGUCCAACAAUCCUAAAAACUUUUUUCCAGAAAGGCUGUGGAGUGUUAAGGUAUUUUUUUUUGCAAACAUAAGAUACACAGUGAUUAAAAGCAACAGCUUCAUGUGUGUUUUCCUGCCAUGGGCAGCCCCAUUGACUGUUCAGUGUUCAGCAAAUGUUAGACUCACGAACAGAGAUACUAACCAGGUUCAAUGAUUCCUUUAAGCCUUCAGCUUAGCCUUUAGUGUUACUGUGGACUUUUUGAACAUUUUGCAUUGUAUUGUAGGAGUCAGUUUAGCUGUGCCCUCUUGAAGAGACAGGUUUUGCUGAUCACAUUAGCCUGGGAAUUUGAGUUGUUUUGCUGACUUAACUUGAAUGAUGUAUGAAUUAUGUGUGUAAUUAGUUUAAAAAGAUUGUGUUCAUGUUAUUGAGAUGAAGAUUUUACCAGAGUUUAUGACAAAACUUUACACAAAUGCAUGGAAGGGCAUGUAGCAUUUUCUGCUAGUACUUCUUAUGUGCUGUCAAACAUCCAUUAAGUACUUAAGUCAUACUUAUGACUUAAGAAUGCCACUGUCA